GGAAAUGGCCAGGUGGAGCGGAUGAACAGGACUUUGCUACACAUGUUGCGAACGUUACCCGAAGUGUACAAGUCUAAUUGGAAGGAUCAUGUGAACAAACUAAUACACGCGUAUAAUUGUACGAAGCAUGAAUCUACUGGCUUCUCCCCGUUCUUGCUACUAUUUGGUAGACCGCCUCGUCUUCCCAUUGAUUUGAUGUUUAACUUAACAAGAAAAGAAGAAUCAAUCGGUUAUCCAGCUUAUGCCAAUAAAUGGAAGAAAGCAAUGCAGGAAGCUUACAUGUUAGCAUCCAAGUCUGCGGAGAAAGCGGCGUCUAAGGGAAGGAAACAGAGCGGUAAACGCGUAAGGUCGACUGUCCUCUUACCUGGUGACCGAGUGCUUGUUCGGAACCUAUCACCACGCGGAGGUCCAGGCAAAAUACGAGCGUUCUGGGAAGAGGAGAUUCACGUAGUGGUAUCGAGGAAGAAUACCGAGAGUCCUGUUUAUGAUAUCAAACCCGAAUCAGGAAAGGGAAAGAUACGCACGUUGCACAGAAAUUUACUGUUACCUUGUGAUUAUUUACCGACAGCAACGCCAGAGACGAAGCGGGUAGAGAAAGUGAAAGAACGGACCCCGAUUAUACACACCCCAGAGGAUUCAGAAUCAGAUUCGGAGGGGGAGGAGGGACUGUCGCUGCCUCCAAACGAAAUGGACGAACUUGUACAGUUAAGCUUACGACCAGAGUCGGCAAACGACGCGACAGUGGACCCAAGUACAAAUGACGAGAUUAACCAGAGUAGGGAAGUACAUGGUAAUGAAAAUGACGCGAACAGGCUGAACAUACAAGUAGAAGAAACGAUGGAAACGCCGGGUGAUAUCGAAGAAACACCGCCGCAACCGGUUCGUCCACAAAGGCAAAGACAGCCACCCUUACGUUUUGGGUACAAUGCACCUGGUUGUCCUACGAGUGAAUUUCCUUUCAUUUGGCAAGACCCUAACGUGGGAUUAGUUCAAAUACGAGAUCCCUGGUUCGGCCCACCUUGGAUUGGACCGAUACAACCUCCGAUGAUAUCAGUACCGUGGAUGAGCCCAAUACAGAAUCCCAUGUUCCACGCACAAGUUAUGAACCCUAUGAUAUCACCACCGCCUUUUGGUUACUAUCCAACGUAUUAG